AUGAAGUUUGGUCGCACGAUAAAGACGUCGCUCUACGCAGAGUGGGCCGAAAAGUACCUCCAGUACUCGGAGCUCAAAAAAGAGAUCAAAAAGAGGCUCGCAGCAAACAAUGGCGUGUGGACCGACAAGGACGAAGACGAGUUUGUCGACAUCCUCAGCAAGGAGCUCGACAAGGUCUACGACUUCCAGAAGCUAAAGGUCACCGAGAUCACUGAGCGGAUCAAGCAGGCACAGGCCGAAGUCAACCUGCUUGUCUCGUCGCGCAACAACUCGGCCUCGUCGCUGCCCUCGCGCAACACGUCCCGCCCCACAUCUCGCGCCGGAUCCGACGUCGACGACGACAGCGCAAGCCGCAACGGCAAGCGCAGAUCCAACGGCGUCCUCUACGCCGCCGACGACGCCGGCUCCGACGACGAAUUCGACAGCGACACGGAAAACAGCGACGCCUACGAGGAGCGCUUUGCCGAGCUCGAGGAGCGCCUCGCCGUCAUCAUCGCCGACGUCCACGACCUCGCCCUGUUCACCAAGCUCAACUACACGGGCUUCCACAAGAUUGUCAAGAAACACGACAAGCAGACUGGGCGCCUGCUGCGCAAGGAGUUUGUCCAGCACUACCUCGGCGCGCGGCCCUUUUACAAGGAGAACUACGACCAGCUCAUCGUCAAGCUCUCGAAGCUCUUUGAUCUCGUGCGCACGCGCGGCAACCCGGUCCAGGGCGACUCGAGCGCCGGCGGCUCCCAGAGCGCCUUUGUGCGCCAGACGACAAAGUACUGGGUCCACCCGGACAACAUUGUCCCGCUCAAGCUCGUCAUCCUCAAGCACCUGCCCGUGCUCGUCUUCAAUGCCGACAAGGACUACUCGCAGGAGGACAGCGCCAUCACGUCAAUCUACUACGACAAUGAGGACCUCGAGCUCUACCUGGGCCGGCUAGAAAAGACCGAGGGCGCCGAGGCCAUCCGGCUGCGCUGGUACGGCGGCAUGGACAACAAGCAGAUCUUUGUCGAGCGCAAGACGCACCGCGAGGACUGGACCGGCGAAAAGAGCGUCAAGGCCCGCUUCCCCAUCAAGGAGGAAAACGUCAACGCCUUCAUGAGCGGCGACUACACCAUGGACGAGACGUUCGAGGCGCUGCGCAAGAAGGGCAAAAAGUCGGACAAGGAGGUCGACUCGAUGCUCCAGCUGGCCAACGAGGUCCAGUACGCCGUCCUCGAGCGCAAGCUGCAGCCCGUCAUGCGCAGCUUCUACAACCGCACCGCCUUCCAGCUGCCCGGCGACGCCCGCGUCCGCAUCUCGCUCGACACCGAGCUCACCCUGGUGCGCGAGGACAACUGGGACGGCCGACGCCGCGCCGGCGACAACUGGCGCAGGAUGGAUAUCGGCAUCGACUUCCCCUUCGACCAGCUGCCCGCCGAGGACGUCGAGCGCUUCCCCUACGGCGUGCUCGAGGUCAAGCUGCAGACCCAGCUGGGCCAGGAGCCGCCCGAGUGGAUCAAGGAGCUCGUCGCCAGCCACCUGGUCGAGGCCGUGCCCAAGUUUUCCAAGUUCAUCCACGGCUGCGCCACCCUCCUCGCCAACCGCGUCGACCUCGUCCCCUUCUGGCUGCCCCAGAUGGAGAUCGACAUCCGCAAGCCGCCCAGCAACAACCUGGCCAUCGAGCGGCCCGCGGGCGGCGCAUCGUCGUCGACCCACUCGCACCCGUCGUCGCGGCCCGAUACCCCUGGCUCCAAGGCGUCGUCGUCGCACAACGCGCAGCCCUACCACGAGCCGGUCAGCGAGGACGAGUUUGACGGCGUCGACGAGGACAACGAGGGCAGGGCCACGGCCGUCGGCGACGAGGCCCGCGAGGCCGGCAGCCUCGGCCUGUCGGCGUUUGACCCGCGCAUUCGCGAGAUCCGCGAGGAGCGCGAGCGAAACAUCCGCGCCAGGCGCGAGGAGCUGGCCAAGCAGAUGGAGCACGGCCCGGCGGACAAGACGUCCAACGUCGCCGCGGGCAUGUUGGCCGCCGACGCCGCCACCAUCGGCGGCGCCGGCGGAAGCGGGGCGAGGAGCGCGUCGCGGGACCCGGCGCGGUCAAAGAAGCCGGUGGCGCCGACGCGCGACGAGAUCCUGGCGCCCUCGAACCGCUUCGACAAGAGCUACUUUUCCAAGCUGACGCCCAAGAACAUCCAGCGGUUGUGGAAGACCAAGGGGCGUAGCCACGAGCCCGAUGACGGCGACGAUGACGACGACGACCAGGAAGAGGACGACCCGAUCCGGCGCGCGCUCGAGGGGCGGGACGAGGAGGAGCCGCGCGGUUUCGGCUCCGGUCCGCCGCCGGGCGUCGAGUACACGCGCGACUUCCACGCGCAGCCGGGCAAGAAGGUCUCGAUCCCCAUCCGCGUCGAGCCCAAGGUGUACUUUGCCAACGAGCGCACUUUCCUCAAGUGGCUCGAGUUCAACGUCUUCCUGUCGGCCUUGGCCGUCGGGCUGCUCAACUUUAGCAAGCCGGGCGACCGCGCCGGGCUGAUUGCGUCGUCGUUUUUCACCGUCGUCGCCCUCGUCGGCAUCGCCUACUGCGGCAUCAUCUACAUGAUCCGCGCCUACAAGAUCCGCGCAAAGGAGAGCAGCCACGUCUACUUUGACGCCGUCGGCCCCACGAUCCUCUGCGUCGCCAUCCUCUCGGCGGUGCUCGUCAACUUUAUCCUGCGCUACACCGAAUCCCACGAUUCGAGGACCGGUCGCGGCCUGGUCAACUAG